UUUUGUCAUCCCUAGAACUUACGGCUCGGUUUUUUUCCUGGAGUUAGAAGAAUAUUCUCUGGUAAAAGGUUCAACUGUAAUAAAUACCCUCGAACAAAGGUACCCCGAGUUCAGGGUUAUUUACAACUAAUAAAAGAACUGUCGAACGAACGGACUCCGAAAUUCCAUGAAAUUCAAGUCGGAUCCAGUGAUGGUAUAAAACUUAAGAGCGUCCUAAGUUAGGUGCUAUCAAUUGAAAUGGAGUGUACAAAAAAUUGUCGGUCCAGUGUCAAGAUAUUGUUGGAUAAAAAAUGAUUCUUUGAAGUUGAAAACCCGGAGAUGUGGUGAAAUUUUAUUUCUCAAUUUGAGGGUGAUCUUACCGAUUUCCUUCACUGAAGCGAAAAAUUAAAAUCUUUUACGAUCACACCUCAAGGAUGGUGCGGAGGACCGAGGACUGAAUUAAAGACCCAACUCGAGAGAGAGCAACGACCGCAGCUGUGUUCCAGAUUCACCAAGACCUCCUCAUGCAUAGCCUAAAUUCUAGCCGGACAGCUUCUUCUUCUUCUUCUUCCUCUUCUUCUACUUCUUCUUCUUUUUCUUCUUCUUUAUGCGAUCGGAUCAAAGAAAAGAAUAACGAGCGAUUGUGUAUAUAGCACGCGUUUCUGUACCAAUAGCGAUUAACGCUAUAUCUGCACUACGGUCAAUAAAAUAUGGGAAAUAAAAUCCAUUUCGUGGAAAGAGAAACGAAGGGGAGAAAAGUAAAUCCAGCAAAACGGAUCGCAGACAACAAUAACCCGAUCGGGAUCCUGUAACGGGUUAUAGGUAUAUCGGCUAGACUUCUAGAUCAAGCGUAGGCGGAUCGGGUUCGACGCGUCGUGAUCACCGAUGCGAGGAUCGGGAGCACCGGGUGAGUCUGGUUUCUCAUCCCUGUUUCAACGUGCCUACAACAUACAUGUGUACAGCUACAUAAAAAUGCUAUACCGUAGCAAUAAAAUCGUAGUUCGGUUGACGCGGUUCGGCCCCUGUUAAUGCAGAGAGACGCGGAUCGGCGGCGUGUAAGGCAACGUCAACGACCGCGAGAACUGCUCCGAUUUUUUAUCGUCCAGGUCUCCAGGCUCGCAUUGUACGAUUUCACGCCGUUUUUCAAAGCAUUCCAUCGCGUCGAGCUACCGCGCUUAUAUAUACCGAAUCAUUAAAUAUACAAGGAUUAUCGUUCCGUCUCCAUUAAACUCGCCCGACGAUACACUUAUAAUGUGGGCCACUAUUUUUCAACACUUUUUAUAUACAUAUACAUAUAUGCACAUCGUUCAUACAUCGCAAAGAUCGACCACUCUUGGAACGAUCUCCUCUGCGGUCGGUCCUCCAUCUGUAUACAGAUGGUGUGCGGAGAAACGAUUUAGAAAGAUUUCUAUUGUGAAAUACCCAAAUUCAAAUGGUGUAAUUUGGAUAUGUAGGUAACGAUAACUCGGGACUCUCGCGCAGUGUUCUCGUCAUCGAAUCACGGGAUCUGAUAUAGUCACUCCGGUGCGGGUUCAACGAUUCCCUCUUCUGAUAAUUCGAAGGGCGGAUGAUGCGGGAGACCCUCACGAGGGAUGUUCGGUAUGUAGAGAACGUAUCGUGUCAAGGACGAAGGAGCAGUUUACGAAGGAGCUUACAGCGAUAUGUUCUCUAUCAAACGGCCGCCAUCCGCAAUGGAAAAUUUGCGAUUUGUAUUCUACCGACGCUUCUAGGCGUUGAAGAUACACGCUAUCGCGUGGGACUUCCUCUAUGCCAGUUCGGUGGUUUUGUAUCUCUUCAGGGAAGCAUCUGCGCAGGCCUCUGAAAUAUGGUCAUUGUGAAAAAGCUUGAACUAUUUUGUCCUUACGGCCGAAAGACCGCCAUUCGCAAAGGUCAAAGAUCGAAUGAAAUUUCGUGACGAUGGUGACCCGGCCCUGCGAAUCACCGUCGUCACGUAGCAUUAUAUCGUCCCUCAAAAAACCCCGCGAGCAUGCGAGUUGCAAUGCUGUGAACAUAAAUAAACCGCUGAAGCGAUCGAACAGUACAGUGAAGGCAGUUUUCGGGCCCCACAAACACAUCGCCUUACGGAGACGGUUCGAAUACUUUGAUAGACACGAUGGAUGGUGCAACUAAUCGAAAGAAUACGGUGUUUUGGAUAGGAGCGCUUUACUUUGGGGUGUUUCUCGGAUUUUCAAGAUUCGUAAAUGGCGGAAAAAUUCAACGACCGGCGCCCCGUUUCGGUGGCGUCUUCGCGGCUGACUAUGACCACGCGGAAGUUGGUCGGAGGAUCGAGCAAUGGAAACCGGACGACAAAGAGCAGCUGUGGGAACUGAGCGGACUUUAUGAAGGGGACAUUAUGGUCCAUCCGGAAGGCCGAGCGCUUUCGAAGAACGGACUUAUCGACCCUGAAGCUCGAUGGCCGCGCGGUAUCGUGCCGUUCUAUGUACAAGAGGAGGAAUUCGAUAAAGAAGGCUUGGAGGUCAUAAAGGGCGCGUUGAAGGAGUACCACGAAAAGACCUGUCUUCGUUUUCGACCGUACAACGAGUCCGAUAAAGAUUAUGUCGCCAUAAAAGGUUCGCAAUCGGGGUGCUGGUCGAUGGUCGGACGGCAUGGGAAAGGUCAAGUUUUAAACCUGAACAAUCCGAAGUGUGUACGACACGGAAUUGUUCUUCAUGAGCUGAUGCAUGCCAUCGGUUUUUAUCACCAACAAAGCGCGGCGGACAGGGACGACUGGGUAGCAAUACAUUGGGAUAACAUCAAAGAAGGAAGAGAGCACAACUUUAAAAAAUACGACAAUGCCACCGUCACGGAUUAUGGAAUCCCCUACGAUUAUCAGAGCAUAAUGCACUACAGUUCGCAUGCGUUUUCGAAAAAUGGCGAGCCAACCAUAACUUCGAAACGGGAGGAAAGUCAGGAGCUUGGUCAGCGGAAGGGUUUCACGGAUAAAGAUAUUGCGAAAAUCAAUCUCAUGUAUAAGGAGGAAUGCGCGGCGCGAGAUUCAGAGAGCGCGAGUGAAUCGAGCGAGGAAAAGGACUUGAUUGGAUGGCUUUUCGAUUGACUAGCGAACCUAUGCGGGUCUAACAAGAACGGCGAAUCUGUCAAGGGGAACGCAAGCGUACUUUUACGAGCCUGAACAUAUUAGAUUCUAGAUAUAACA